CAUCCCUCGCUCCCCUGGCCAGGGCCCCAGCUCCCUUCUGCCUUCCGCCCGGCGUCCUCCCCUAACCUCAGAUCUGGACGGGCGAACAGUGGGGCUGGGAAAGUUUGAGUCACGGUGAGGGGAGCGGAGGAGGCGGGCCCGUGACCCCGAACGGGGUGGGCUCUAGGACCCGCCUCGGGCGCCCAGCAGGGGGACCCGCCGCACGCCGCCCCUAUCCCUCGCGCACUGGCCACAGCCUGACGGAGCAACAAGGCACUGCCUGCAGCCGCCGUGUGCACCGGGGCGGCCGGCUCGCUCCGACCUGAGCCUCCACCGCAGCACCGGCAGCCAGAGCCGCGCUCAGCAUGAUGCCCGGGGCGCCGCUCCUGCGGCUGCUGACCGCGGUCUCUGCGGCAGUGGCAGUGGCACUGGCCGGGGCGCCCGGGACGGUAAUGCCCCCCACCACGGGGGACGCCACCCUGGCCUUCGUCUUCGACGUCACCGGCUCCAUGUGGGACGAACUGAUGCAGGUGAUCGAUGGUGCCUCGCGCAUUCUGGAACGCAGUCUGAGCCGCCGCAGCCAGGCCAUCGCCAACUACGCACUGGUGCCCUUCCACGACCCAGAUAUUGGCCCAGUGACCCUCACGGCGGACCCCACGGUGUUUCAGAGGGAGCUGAGAGAACUCUACGUGCAGGGAGGUGGUGACUGCCCGGAGAUGAGUGUGGGGGCCAUUAAGGCUGCCGUGGAGGUUGCCAACCCCGGCUCCUUCAUCUACGUCUUCUCGGAUGCCCGCGCCAAAGACUAUCACAAGAAGGAAGAGCUGCUGCGGCUCCUGCAGCUCAAACAAUCACAGGUGGUCUUUGUGCUGACGGGGGACUGUGGCGACCGCACCCAUCCUGGCUACCUGGCUUAUGAGGAGAUCGCUGCCACCAGCUCUGGGCAGGUGUUCCACCUGGACAAGCAGCAAGUGACAGAGGUGCUGAAGUGGGUGGAGUCAGCGAUCCAGGCCUCCAAGGUGCACCUGCUGUCCACAGACCACGAGGAGGAGGGGGAACACACAUGGAGACUCCCCUUUGACCCCAGCCUGAAGGAGGUCACCAUCUCAUUGAGUGGGCCAGGGCCUGAGAUUGAAGUCCAAGAUCCGCUGGGGAGGAUCCUGCAGGAGGACGAGGGCCUCAGCGUGCUUCUCAACAUCCCUGACUCGGCCAAGGUCGUAGCCUUUAAGCCUGAGCAUCCGGGGCUGUGGUCCAUCAAGGUCUAUAGCAGUGGCCGCCAUUCAGUGAGGAUCACAGGCGUCAGCAACAUUGACUUCCGAGCCGGCUUCUCCACUCAGCCCUUGCUGGACCUCAACCACACGCUCGAGUGGCCCUUGCAAGGGGUUCCCAUCUCCCUGGUGAUCAAUUCCACGGGCCUGCAGGCACCCGGCCGCCUAGACUCGGUGGAGCUGGCACAAAGCUCAGGGAAGCCCCUCCUGACUCUGCCCACGAAGCCCCUCUCCAAUGGCUCCACCCACCAGCUGUGGGGCGGGCCGCCCUUCCACACCCCCAAGGAGCGCUUCUACCUCAAGGUGAAGGGCAAGGACCAUGACGGAAACCCCCUCCUUCGUGUCUCUGGAGUGUCCUACAGUGGGGUGGCCCCAGGUGCUCCCCUUGUCAGCAUGGCCCCCAGGAUCCAUGGCUACCUGCACCAGCCCCUGCUGGUCUCCUGCUCGGUGCACAGCGCCCUUCCCUUCCGGCUGCAGCUGCGGCGAGGUGAAGCCAGGCUGGGCGAAGAGAGGCACUUUCAGGAGUCGGGAAACAGCAGCUGGGAGAUCCCGCGGGCCUCCAAGGCUGAGGAGGGCACGUAUGAGUGCACAGCCGUCAGCAGGGCGGGGACCGGGCGAGCAAAGGCCCAGAUUGUUGUCACAGACCCCCCGCCGCAGCUGGUCCCUGCUCCCAACGUGACCGUGUCCCCAGGGGAGACUGCCGUCCUAUCCUGCCGGGUCCUAGGCGAAGCCCCCUACAACCUGACGUGGGUCCGGGACUGGCGAGUCCUGCCGGCCUCGACAGGCCGAGUUGCCCAGCUGGCUGACCUGUCCCUGGAGAUCAGUGGCAUCAUCCCCACAGAUGGUGGGAGGUACCAGUGUGUGGCCAGCAACGCCAAUGGGGUCACAAGGGCAUCCGUCUGGCUCCUGGUGCGAGAGGCCCCACAGGUCAGCAUCCACAGCAGCUCCCAGCACUUCUCCCAAGGUGUGGAGGUGAAGGUCAGCUGCUCAGCCUCUGGGUACCCCACACCCCACAUCUCCUGGAGCCGCGAGGGCCAAGCCCUACAAGAGGACAGCAGAAUCCAUGUGGACGCACAGGGAACCCUGAUUAUUCAGGGGGUAGCCCCAGAGGAUGCUGGGAAUUACAGCUGCCAGGCGACUAAUGAGGUUGGCACUGACCAGGAGACGGUCACCCUCUACUACACAGACCCACCGUCGGUCUCUGCUGUAAACGCCGUGGUGCUGGUGGCCGUUGGGGAGGAGGCUGUGCUGGUGUGUGAGGCGUCUGGAGUCCCCCCGCCCCGAGUCAUCUGGUAUCGAGAGGGUCUUGAAAUGAUCCUGGCCCCUGAGGGCUCCAGCUCUGGGAAGCUGCGGAUCCCGGCGGCUCAGGAGAGGGAUGCUGGCACCUACACCUGCCGGGCUGUCAAUGAGCUGGGUGACGCCUCUGCAGAAAUCCAGCUGGCGGUUGGACAUGCGCCCCAGCUGACAGAGCUGCCCCGGGAUGUCACUGUGGAGCUGGGGAGGAGUGCCCUCUUGGCAUGUCGAGCCACAGGCCGCCCACCCCCGACGGUCACCUGGCGCCGCAGAGAUGCCCAGCCUCUGGGACUCAGGCUGGGGGCCGGGCGAGGCAGUAGGUCUCGGCAGCCGGAUUCGGGAGUGCUGUUCUUUGAAAGUGUGGCCCCAGGAGACCAGGCCCCAUAUGUCUGCGAAGCUCGAAACGUCUUUGGGAAGGUCCAGGCCGAGGCCCGGCUCAUCGUCACUGGUCACGUCCCGCCACAGAUCGCCAGCAGCGCCCCCACCGUCCGGGUCCUGGAGGGGCAGCCUGUGUCCCUGCCCUGCAUCGUCCUAGCUGGGCGGCCCCUCCCGGAAAGGCACUGGCUCAAGGAUGGCCAACCACUCCCACCUGGCAGCCGGCAUUCCAUCCGAGCAGAUGGCAGCCUCCACCUUGACCAAGCAUUGCAGGAGCAUGCAGGGAGGUACAGCUGUGUGGCCACCAACACGGCCGGCUCUCAGCACCGGGACGUGGAGCUGGUGGUCCAGGUGCCACCUAGAAUCCAUCCCACUGCCACCCACCAUAUCACCAAUGAAGGGGUUCCUGCCUCUCUCCCCUGUGUCGCUUCAGGAGUUCCCACCCCCACCAUCACCUGGACCAAGGAAACCAAUGCCCUGACCUCCAGAGGUCCCCACUACAAUGUGAGUAAGGAGGGCACCCUGCUCAUCGCGCAGCCGUCUGCCCAGGAUGCAGGGGCCUAUGUCUGCACGGCCACCAACACUGUGGGCUUCUCCAGCCAGGAGAUGCGGCUUUCUGUCAACACCAAACCCAGGAUCCAUAUGAACGGGUCACGUAAUGCAGACGUGCCUCUGAGAGUCACAGCGAAGGCUGGUGAAGAGGUGACCCUGGACUGCGAGGCCAAGGGCUCCCCACCCCCACUGGUCACCUGGAUGAAGGACUCCCGCCCUGUACCGCCCAUCACCAACAGGCAUGGCCUCCUCCCGUCUGGCUCCCUGCGUCUGGCCCAGGUCCAGGUGGGUGACAGCGGCCACUACGAGUGCACAGCCAGUAACCCUGCAGGGUCCGCCUCCCGUCGCUACAUCCUUGGGGUGCAAGUCCCCCCUCAGGUGCAGCCAGGCCCCCGGGUUCUGAAGGUGCUGGUGGGAGAAGCCCUGGAUCUGAACUGUGUCGCUGAGGGCAACCCAGAGCCCCAGCUGAGCUGGUCCAAGGAUGGCGUGGACUUGCAGGGCCGGGGGCCUGAGGGCUCCGUCCACUUCGCAGCCAUCAGAACCUCUGAUGCCGGGAGGUACCGCUGUGAGGCCUCCAACAGCGCCGGAGUGGAUGCCUGGGAGGUGGAGCUCAGGGUGCUGGAGCCACCACACUGGGGGGCUGAUGAGACCAGCGGCCUGCUGGAGCGAGUGGCCGGAGAGAACGCCAGCCUGCCAUGCCCUGCCAGAGGAACGCCCAAGCCGCAGGUCACAUGGCGGAAGGGCCCGUCCUCGGAGUCCCUGCAUGGCCGGCCAGGUGUGGCGGUGCUGGAAGAGGGGUCUCUGUUCCUGGCCUCCGUCUUACCCACGGACAGUGGAGACUACGAGUGCCAGGCCACCAACGAGGUGGGCUUCGCGUCCAGGAGAGCCAAGCUGGUGGUCUAUGUGCCCCCCAGCAUCCGGGAGGACGGGCGCAAGGCCAACGUGUCGGGCAUGGCCGGGCAGUCCCUGACGCUGGAGUGUGAUGCGAACGGCUUUCCAGUCCCUGAGAUCGUGUGGUUGAAGGACGGGCAGCUGAUUCCUAAGGUGGGCGGCCACCGCCUCCUGGACGGGGGCCAGUCCCUCCACUUCCCCAGGAUCCAGGAGGGUGAUUCUGGGCUCUACUCCUGCCGGGCAGAGAACCAGGCUGGGACCACCCAGAGGGACUUCCAUCUCCUUGUGCUCACCCCUCCUUCCGUGCUUGGAGCCGGGGCCGCUCAGGAGGUGCUGGGAUUGGCUGGUGCAGACGUGGAGCUGCAGUGUUGGACCUCAGGGGUCCCCACGCCCCAGGUGGAGUGGACCAAGGACAGGCAGCCUGUGCUUCCGGGAGGCCCUCACCUGCAGGUGCAGGAGGAUGGCCAGGUUCUCAGGAUCACCGGCAGUCACGUGGGGGAUGAGGGACGAUACCAGUGCGUGGCCUUCAGCCCAGCUGGUCAGCAGGCCAGGGACUUCCAGCUCCGAGUUCAUGCACCCCCCACUAUCUGGGGCUCCAACGAGACAGGCGAGGUGGCCGUCAUGGAGGGCCACCUAGUGCAGCUCCUGUGCGAGGCUCGAGGAGUGCCCACCCCAAACGUCACCUGGUUCAAAGACGGGGCCCUGCUUCCCCCCAGCACUGAGGUGGUCUAUACUAGGGGCGGUCGGCAGUUGCAGCUGGGGAGGGCCCAGAGCUCAGAUGCCGGCGUCUACACCUGCAAGGCCAGCAAUGCUGUGGGGGCCGCAGAGAAGGCCACCAGGCUGGAUGUUUAUGUCCCACCCACCAUUGAGGGUGCCGGUGGAAGACCACACAUGGUGAAGGCUGUGGCUGGGAGGCCUGUGGUGCUGGAGUGCCUGGCCAGAGGCCACCCGCCCCCCACCCUCUCCUGGCACCACGAGGGGCUGCCCGUGGCAGAGAGCAACGAGUCGCAACUGGAGACAAGUGGCAGCGUGCUGAGGCUGGAGAGCCCGGGGGAGGCAUCCGGCGGCCUGUACAGCUGUGUGGCCAGCAGUCCUGCCGGGGAAGCCGUGCUGCAGUACUCUGUGGAGGUUCAGGUGCCCCCACAGCUCCUGGUGGCUGAAGGCUUGGGACAGGUGACCACCAUCGUGGGACAGCCCCUGGAACUUCCCUGCCAGGCCUCAGGCUCCCCAGUACCCACUAUCCAGUGGCUGCAGAAUGGCCGCCCAGCUGAGGAGCUGGCCGGGGUGCAGGUGGCCUCGCAGGGGACCACACUGCACAUUGACCAUGUGGAGCUGGACCACUCAGGCCUCUUCGCCUGCCAGGCCACCAAUGAGGCGGGCACUGCCGGGGCCGAGGUGGAGGUGUCUGUGCAUGAGUUCCCAUCGGUCAGUAUCAUUGGGGGUGAGAACAUCACAGCUCCUUUCCUGCAGCCUGUGACCCUCCAGUGCAUAGGGGAUGGGGUGCCUACCCCAAGCCUCCGUUGGUGGAAGGAUGGUGUAGCCCUGGCAGCCUUUGGGGGGAAACUACAGAUUGAGAAGGUGGACCUGAGGGACGAGGGCAUCUACACUUGUGCCGCUACCAACCUGGCUGGGGAAAGCAAGAGGGAAGUGGCGCUGAAAGUUUUGGUGCCCCCCAACAUCGAGCCAGGCCCAGUCAACAAGGCAGUGCUGGAAAAUGCCUCAGUGACCUUGGAGUGUCUGGCUUCGGGCGUGCCCCCUCCUGAUGUCUCCUGGUUCAAGGGCCACCAACCUGUCUCUUCGUGGAUGGGAGUGACAGUAUCAGCGGAUAGGAGAGUUCUCCGCAUUGAGCAAGCCCAGCUUUCUGAUGCUGGGAGCUACCGCUGUGUGGCAUCCAAUGUGGCAGGUAGCACAGAGCUGCAGUAUGGCCUACGGGUCAAUGUGCCCCCUCGAAUCACGCUGCCGCCCAGCCUGCCAGGCCCUGUGUUGGUCAACACCCCUGUCCGGCUGACCUGCAAUGCCACCGGUGCCCCCCGCCCCACACUGAUGUGGCUGAAGGAUGGAAACCCUGUGUCCGCUGCAGGGACCCCUGGCCUGCAGGUCUUCCCUGGGGGCCGGGUCCUCGCCUUGGCCAGCGCCCGGGCCUCCGACUCUGGGAGGUACUCCUGCGUGGCUGUGAGCGCGGUGGGUGAGGACCGCCGGGAUGUUGUCCUGCAAGUCCACAUGCCCCCGAGUAUCCUCGGAGAAGAGCUGAAUGUGUCCGUCGUGGCCAAUGAGUCAGUGGCCCUGGAGUGCCAGAGCCAUGCCAUGCCCCGUCCCGUGCUGAGCUGGUGGAAGGACGGGCGGCCCCUGGAACCACGGCCUGGAGUCCACCUCUCCGCAGACAAAGCCUUGCUGCAGGUGGACAGAGCCAACGUGUGGGAUGCGGGCCGCUACACCUGUGAGGCGCUGAACCAGGCCGGCCGCUCAGAGAAACACUACAAUCUGAACGUCUGGGUUGCUCCAGUGUUCCCCUCGAGGGAAUCCCACACCCUGACUGUGAGAGAGGGGCACCCUACCAGGCUGUCCUGCGAAUGCCGGGGUGUCCCCUUCCCCAAGAUCUCCUGGAGGAAGGAUGGUCAACCCCUCCCAGGGGAGGGGGCUGGCCUCCAGCAGGUGUCGGCUGUGGGGAGGCUGCUGUACCUGGGACAGGCCCAGCUGGCUCAGGAAGGAACAUACACCUGUGACUGCAGCAAUGUGGUGGGGAACAGCAGCCAGGACCUGCAGCUGGAGGUGCACGUUCCCCCUCAGAUUGCUGGUCCCCGGGAGCUUCCCACACAGGUCUCCGUGGUCCAGGAUGGAGUGGCCACUCUGGAGUGCAACACCACAGGGAAACCCCCUCCGACAGUGACAUGGGAGCGGGACGGCCAGCCCGUGGGGGCUGAACUGGGCCUGCAGCUGCAGAACCAGGGUCAGAGCCUGCGUGUGGAGCAGGCCCAGGCUGCCCAUGCUGGACGCUACAGCUGCGUGGCCGAGAACCUGGCUGGGAGGGCAGAGAGGAGGUUUGAGCUCUCCGUGCUGGUGCCCCCAGAGCUCAUCGGAGACUUGGACCCGCUGACCAACAUCACUGCUGCCUUGCACAGCCCCUUAACUCUGCUCUGUGAAGCCACCGGGAUCCCACCCCCAGCCAUCCGCUGGUUCCGAGGGGAGGAGCCUGUCAGCCCCAGGGAGGACACCUACUUGCUGGCAGGUGGCUGGAUGCUGAAGAUGACUCAGACACAGGAGCGAGACAGUGGCCUCUACUCAUGCCUGGCAAGCAACGAGGCUGGGGAGGCGCGGAGGAACUUCAGUGUGGAGGUGCUGGUUCCUCCCAGUAUUGAGAAUGAGGACUUGGAGGAGGUGAUCAAGGUCCCUGAAGGACGGACUGCCCAUCUCAUGUGCAACGUUACAGGCCACCCACAGCCCAAGCUCACAUGGUUCAAAGAUGGCCGGCCCCUGGCUGGUGGAGAUGCCUACCACAUCUCCCCAGAUGGAGUCCUCCUGCAGGUCCUCCAGGCAAACCUGUCCAGUGCUGGCCACUACUCCUGCAUUGCAGCCAACGCUGUUGGGGAGAAGACCAAGCACUUCCAGCUCAGUGUCCUGUUGGCUCCCACCAUCCUGGGAGUGGCCGAGGACAGUGCAGACGAGGAGGUGACCGUGACCAUCAACAACCCCAUCUCUCUGAUCUGCGAGGCCCUGGCCUUCCCUUCCCCCAACAUCACCUGGAUGAAGGACGGGGCCCCGUUUGAGGCCUCCAGGAACAUCCAGCUGCUCCCAGGUACCCACGGGCUGCAGAUCCUGAAUGCCCAGAAGGAAGAUGCUGGCCAGUAUACCUGCGUGGUCACCAACGAGCUCGGGGAGGCCGUGAAAAACUACCAUGUGGAAGUGCUCAUUCCCCCUUCCAUCUCCAAAGACGACCCCUUGGGGGAGGUUGGCGUGAAGGAGGUGAAGACCAAGGUCAACAGCACCUUGACCCUGGAGUGUGAGAGCUGGGCUGUGCCCCUGCCCACCAUCCGCUGGUACAAGGACGGACAGCCCGUGACCCCCAGCUCGCGGCUGCAGGUCCUGGGCGAAGGGCGACUGCUCCAGAUCCAGCCCACGCAGGUCUUGGACUCGGGGCGGUACCUGUGUGUGGCCACCAACAUGGCCGGCGAGGACGACCAGGACUUCAAUGUGCUCAUCCAGGUGCCCCCCAUGUUCCAGAAGGUGGGUGAUGCCAGUGCAGCCUUCGAGAUCCUGUCCCAGGAGGAGGAGGCCCGGGGCGGAGUCACGGAAUACAGGGAGAUCGUAGAGAACAACCCAGCCUACCUGUACUGCGACACCAACGCGAUCCCACCCCCGGAGCUCACCUGGUACAGAGAGGAUCAGCCCCUCUCGGCCGGGGAUGGGGUGUCUGUGCUGCAAGGAGGCCGGGUCCUGCAGAUCCCCCUGGUGCGGGCAGAGGAUGCCGGGAGGUACUCGUGCAAGGCCUCCAACGAGGUGGGCGAGGACUGGCUGCACUACGAGCUGUUGGUGCUGACCCCACCUGUGAUCCUGGGCGACACAGAGGAGCUGGUGGAAGAGGUGACAGUCAAUGCCAGUAGCACCGUCAGCCUGCAGUGCCCAGCCCUGGGAAACCCCAUGCCCACCAUCUCGUGGCUCCAGAAUGGGCUGCCUUUCUCCCCGAGCCCACGGCUGCAGGUCCUGGAGGACGGGCAAGUCUUGCAGGUUUCCAUGGCAGAGGUGGCCGAUGCCGCCAGCUACAUGUGUGUGGCCGAGAACCAGGCAGGCUCAGCUGAGAAGCUCUUCACCCUCAGGGUUCAAGUCCCGCCACGAAUCGCAGGCCUGGACUUGGAGCAGGUCACUGCCAUCCUCAACAGCAGCGUCUCCCUCCCUUGCGACGUCCACGCUCACCCAAAUCCCGAGGUCACAUGGUACAAGGACAGCCAGGCCCUCUCCCUGGGUGAAGAGGCCUUCCUCCUGCCUGGCACCCACACGCUGCAGCUGGGGAGAGCACGGCUGUCGGACUCUGGGAUGUACACGUGCGAAGCCCUCAAUGCUGCCGGCCGAGACCAGAAACUGGUGCAGCUCAGUGUUCUGGUUCCCCCUGCCUUCAGGCAGGCUCCCAGCGGCCCCCAGGAUGCGGUCCUGGUGAGGGUCGGGGACAAAGCUGUCCUGAGCUGCGAGACAGAUGCAUACCCCGAGCCAACUGUGACCUGGUACAAGGAUGGGCAGCCCCUGGUCCUGGUGCAGCGGACCCAGGCUCUGCAGGGUGGGCAGAGGCUGGAGAUCCAGGAAGCCCAGGUAUCGGAUAAAGGUUUAUACAGCUGUAAAGUCAGCAACGUGGCUGGGGAGGCCGUGCGGACCUUCACCCUCACUGUCCAGGUGCCCCCAACAUUUGAGAACCCCAAGACAGAGACAGUGAGCCAGGUGGCUGGGAGCCCCCUGGUCCUGACCUGUGAUGUGUCCGGGGUCCCUGCACCCACGGUCACUUGGCUGAAGGACAGGAUGCCCGUGGAGAGCAGCGUGGUGCACGGUGUGGUCUCCCAGGGGGGCCGCCUCCAGCUGAGCCGCCUGCAACUGGCCCAGGCAGGCACCUACACAUGCGUGGCUGAGAACACCCAGGCUGAGGCCCGCAAGGACUUCGUGGUAGCAGUGCUGGUGGCCCCCCGGAUCCGGAGCUCGGGCGCGGCGCAGGAGCACCACGUCUUGGAAGGGCAGGAGGUGCGGCUGGACUGUGAGGCCGAUGGGCAGCCGCCGCCGGACGUGGCCUGGCUGAAGGACGGCAGCCCGCUGGGCCAGGACAUGGGCCCCCACCUCCGGUUCUACCUGGACGGUGGCUCCCUGGUGCUAAAAGGCCUGAGGGCCUCGGACGCGGGUGCCUACACGUGCGUGGCCCACAACCCAGCCGGGGAGGACGCCAGACUGCACACGGUGAAUGUGCUGGUUCCUCCCACCAUUGAGCAGGGAGCAGACGGCUCAGGGACCCUGGUGAGCAGGCCUGGGGAGCUGGUGACCAUGGUGUGCCCUGUGCGGGGCUCCCCGCCCAUCCACGUGAGCUGGCUCAAGGACGGCCUGCCCCUCCCGCUCUCCCAGCGCACCCUCCUCCACGGCUCUGGCCGCACCCUCAGGAUUUCCCAGGUGCAAUUGGCAGACGCCGGCAUCUUCACCUGUGUGGCCGCAAGCCCAGCUGGCGUGGCGGACAGGAACUUCACCUUGCAGGUGCAGGUGCCCCCUGUCCUGGAGCCGGUGGAGUUCCAGAAUGACGUGGUGGUGGUUCAUGGCUCCCCAGUGGAACUCCCGUGCGAGGCCCGGGGUGUUCCCCUGCCUCUCGUCUCAUGGAUGAAGGACGGGGAGCCCUUGUUGUCCCAGAGCCUUGAGCAGGGGCCCAGCCUGCAGCUGGAGGCAGUGGGAGCUGGUGACUCAGGGACCUACUCCUGUGUGGCCGUGAGCGAGGCGGGGGAAGCCAGGAGGCAUUUCCAGCUGACCGUCAUGGAGCCCCCUCACAUUGAGGACUCAGGCCAGCCUACAGAGCUGUCGCUGACCCCCGGCGCCCCCAUGGAGCUCCUCUGUGAUGCCCAGGGCACCCCCCAGCCCAACAUCACCUGGCAUAAGGACGGGCAGGCCCUGACCAGGCUGGCGAACAGCAUUAGAGCCACACGGGUGCUUCGGGUAGAGAGUGUGCAGGUUAGGGAUGCCGGGCUGUACACUUGUCUGGCUGAAAGCCCUGCAGGUGCAAUUGAGAAGAGCUUCCGGGUCAGGGUUCAAGCCCCUCCAAACAUUGUUGGGCCCCGAGGCCCCCGCUUUGUGGUCGGCCUGGCCCCGGGGCAGCUGGUCCUGGAGUGUUCGGUGGAGGCAGAGCCAGCGCCCAAGAUCACGUGGCACCGAGACGGCAUAGUGCUGCAGGAGGAUGCCCACACACAGUUCCCGCAGCGGGGCAGGUUCCUCCAGCUGCAGGCCCUGAGCACGGCUGACAGCGGCGACUACAGCUGCACAGCCCGCAACGCUGCAGGCAGCACCAGCGUGGCCUUCCGCGUGGAGAUCCAUACGGUGCCCAGCAUCCGGUCAGGACCACCUGCAGUGAACGUCUCAGUGAACCAGACAGCCCUGCUGCCCUGCCAGGCUGAUGGCGUGCCCGCACCCCUCGUGAGCUGGCGGAAGGACGGGGUCCCCCUGGAUCCCAGGAGCCCCAGGUUCGAAAUUCUGCCUGAGGGUUCCCUGAGAAUCCAGCCAGUCCUUGCCCAGGACGCCGGCCGCUACCUCUGCCUGGCAUCCAACUCUGCUGGCUCCGAUCGUCAAGGCCGUGACCUAUGGGUCUUUGAGCCUCCAGCCAUCACCUCCAGACCCUCCAACCUGACCCUGACCGCCCACACCCCAGCCUCGCUGCCCUGCGAGGCCAGCGGCUCCCCUAAGCCCCUGGUGGUCUGGUGGAAGGACGGACAGAAGCUGGACUUCCGCCUGCAGCAGGGCACCUACCGGCUCCUGCCCUCCAAUGCCCUGCUCCUCAUGGCCCCCGGCCCCCAGGACUCAGCCCAGUUUGAGUGCGUGGUGAGCAACGAGGUAGGCGAGGCUCGCAGGCUCUACCAGGUGACCGUCCAUGUGCCUCCCACCAUUGCCGAUGACCAGACAGACUUCACCGUGACCAUGAUGGCACCCGUGGUCCUCACGUGUCACAGCACGGGUAUACCAGCUCCGACCGUGUCCUGGAGCAAGGCAGGUGCCCAGCUAGGAGCUCGGGGGAGUGGCUAUCGUGUCUCACCAUCGGGCGCCCUGGAGAUCGGUCAGGCCCUCCCCAUCCACGCAGGCCGCUACACCUGCUCAGCCCGCAACUCUGCCGGCGUAGCCCACAAGCACGUCUUCCUCACUGUGCAAGCCUCCCCGGUGGUGAAGCUGCUGCCCAGCGUGGUUCGGGCAGUGGCAGAGCAGGAGGUGCUGCUGCCCUGCGAGGCCUCGGGCAUCCCCCGGCCGACCAUCACCUGGCAGAAGGAAGGGCUCAACGUCCCUACGGGGGUGAGUACCCAGGUCCUACCAGGCGGACAGCUGCGGAUUGCCCAUGCCAGCCCAGAGGAUGCCGGAAACUAUCUCUGCAUCGCUAAGAACAGUGCAGGCAGCGCCAUGGGGAAGACGCGGCUGGUGGUGCAAGUCCCACCAGUGAUUGAGAAUGGCCUCCCAGACCUGUCCACCACCGAAGGCUCCCACGCCUUCUUGCCUUGCAAGGCCAGGGGCAGUCCUGAGCCCAACAUCACCUGGGACAAAGAUGGCCAGCCUGUGCCGGGCACCGAGGGGAAGUUCACCAUCCAGCCUUCUGGGGAGUUGCUGGUGAAGAACUUGGAGGGCCGGGACGCAGGCACCUAUACCUGUACUGCUGAGAACGCCAUGGGCCGUGCCCGCCGCCGCGUGCACCUUACCAUCCUGGCACUGCCUGUGUUCACCACCCUGCCUGGGGACCGCAGCCUGCGCCUUGGGGACAGGCUGUGGCUUCGCUGUGCAGCCCGGGGCAGCCCCACCCCUCGCAUUGGCUGGACUGUCAACGACCAGCCAGUCACAGAAGGGGUGUCUGAGCAGGAUGGAGGCAGCACGCUGCAGCGGGCCGCUGUCUCCAGAGAAGACAGCGGGACCUAUGUCUGCUGGGCGGAGAACAGAGUGGGCCGCACACAGGCGGUCAGCUUCGUCCACGUGAAGGAGGCUCCUGUCCUACAAGGGGAGGCUUUCUCCUACCUGGUGGAACCUGUAGGAGGCAGCAUGCAGCUGGACUGUGUGGUGCAUGGAGACCCAGUGCCGGACAUCCGCUGGAUCAAAGAUGGCCUUCCACUGCGGGGCAGCCACCUCCGGCACCACCUGCAGAAUGGCUCGCUGACCAUCCGCAGGACUGAGAGGGACGAUGCGGGACAGUACCAGUGCCUGGCAGAGAACGAGAUGGGUGUGGCGAAGAAAGUGGUGAUCCUCGUCCUGCAGAGUGCUCCAGUGUUCCAGGUGGAGCCCCAGGACAUGACAGUGAGAUCCGGGGAUGAUGUGGCCCUGCGGUGCCAGGCCACUGGAGAGCCCACACCCACCAUUGAAUGGCUACGGGAGGGUCAACCCUUGCAGGCCAGCCGGCGGCUCCGGACCCUGCCCGAUGGGAGCCUGUGGCUGGAGAACGUGGAGACUGGGGAUGCAGGUGCCUACGACUGCGUCGCUCACAACCUCCUGGGCUCUGCCACAGCCCGGGCGUUCCUGGUCGUGAGAGGGGAGCCCCAGGGGAGCUGGGGCAGCAUGAUUGGGGUGAUCAAUGGCCGGAAAUUUGGCGUGGCCACACUCAACACCAGCGUGAUGCAGGAGGCGCACUCCGGGGUCAGCAGCAUCCACAGCAGUAUCCGCCAUGUCCCAGCAAACGUGGGGCCUCUGAUGCGGGUGCUCGUGGUCACCAUCGCCCCCAUCUACUGGGCCCUGGCCAGAGAGAGUGGGGAAGCCCUGAAUGGCCACUCCCUGACCGGGGGCAGGUUCCGGCAGGAGUCACACAUGGAGUUUGCUACAGGGGAGCUGCUCACGAUGACCCAAGUGGCCCGGGGCCUGGAUCCUGAUGGCCUCCUGCUCCUCGACGUGGUGGUCAAUGGCGUUGUCCCUGAGAGCCUGGCUGAUGCAGAUCUUCAAGUGCAGGACUUUGAGGAGCACUACGUGCAAACAGGGCCUGGCCAGCUGUUUGUGGGCUCCACACAGCGCUUCUUCCAGGGCAGCCUCCCCUCGUUCCUGCGCUGCAACCACAGCAUCCAGUACAACGCGGCCCGGGGCCCCCAGCCCCAGCUGGUGCAGCACCUGCGGGCCUCAGCUAUCAGCUCGGCCUUCGACCCAGAGGCCGAGGCCCUGCGCUUCCAGCUCACUACAGCCCUGCAGGCGGCGGAGAACGAGGUCGGCUGCCCCGAGGGCUUUGAGCUGGACUCCCAGGGAGCGUUUUGUGUGGACAGGGACGAGUGCUCGGGAGGCCCCAGCCCCUGCUCCCAUGCCUGCCUUAACGCACCCGGCCACUUCUCCUGCGCCUGCCCGACUGGCUUCGCCCUGGCCUGGGAUGACAGGAACUGCAGAGAUGUGGACGAGUGUGUGUGGGAUGCUCACCUUUGCCGAGAGGGGCAGCGCUGUGUGAACCUGCUCGGGUCCUACCACUGCCUCCCUGACUGUGGGCCUGGCUUCCGGGUGGCUGCUGAUGGGGCCGGCUGUGAAGAUGUGGACGAAUGCCUGGAGGGGUUGGACGACUGUCACUACAACCAGCUCUGCGAGAAUACCCCAGGCGGUCACCGCUGCAGCUGCCCCAGGGGUUACCGGAUGCAGGGCCCCAGCCUGCCCUGCCUAGAUGUCAAUGAGUGCCUGCAGCUGCCCAAGGCCUGCGCCUACCAGUGCCACAACCUCCAGGGCAGCUACCGCUGCCUGUGCCCCCCAGGCCAGACCCUCCUUCGUGACGGCAAGGCCUGCACCUCACUGGAGCGGAAUGGACAAAAUGUGACCACCGUCAGCCACCGAGGCCCUCUAUUGCCCUGGCUGCGGCCCCGGGCCUCGAUCCCCGGUGGCUCCUACCAUGCCUGGGUCUCUCUCCGGCCGGGUCCUGUGGCCCUGAGCAGCGUGGGCCGGGCCUGGUGCCCUCCUGGUUUCAUCAGGCAGAACGGAGUCUGCACGGACCUCGACGAGUGCCAGGUGAGGAACCUGUGUCAGCACGCCUGCCGCAACACCGAGGGCAGCUACCAGUGCCUGUGCCCCACCGGCUACCGCCUGCUCCCCAGUGGGAAGAACUGCCAGGACAUCAACGAGUGCAAGGAGGACAGCAUCGAGUGUGGACCCGGCCAGAUGUGCUUCAACACCCGGGGCAGCUACCAGUGUGUGGACACACCCUGUCCUGCCACCUACCGGCAGGGCCCCAGCCCUGGGACGUGCUUCCGGCGCUGCUCUCGGGACUGCGGCACGGGCAGCCCCUCUACGCUGCAGUACCGGUUGCUGCCGCUGCCCCUGGGCGUGCGCGCCCACCACGACGUGGCCCGCCUCGCCGCCUUCUCCGAGGCCGGCGUCCCCGCCAACCGCACCGAGCUCAGCGUGCUGGAGCCCGACCCCCGCAGCCCCUUCGCGCUGCGUCCGCUGGGCGGGGGACUCGGCGCGGUCUACACCCGUCGCGCGCUCACCCGCGCCGGCCUCUACCGGCUCACUGUGCGCGCCGCGGCGCCGCGCCACCAAAGCGUCUUCGUCCUGCUCAUCGCCGUGUCCCCCUACCCCUACUAAACGGGAGAGGGCAUUGGCGGCCGCCCUGGACG